AACCUCCCAAAAAAUAAAUAAAUAAAUAAAUAAAUAAAAUAAAAUAAAAUAAAAUAAAAUAAAUCUCAUGAACUCUUUCCUUUCUCUUAAAGAUCUGAUCAAUUUUAUGUUGCAUUGCCCCUUUAACCCAGGGUUAAUUCAACAAGCUUGUUUUUUUACCCUGUAUUUGUUGCCCCCCCAAAAUGUGCAUUUGAACCAAUCCGAGCUAACUAUCCAUGCUGAUCACAUGUCAGUAUGUCAGCCAACUGAACGGACAGCAGGUCCAGGUUUUUUUUUUUUUUUUUUUGCUGCCUGCAUGUGCUUUGUGCUCAGCGACGCGACUUGUCAGAUACAGGGGGACACUAGGAAAAACUCAGUGGAAUAAAUACAUGAAUGAUAAAUAUCGUUGGAAACGGAUGAGUUAAAACUUGUGUAAGUAAAUCUGAUGUUAGUAGAUUGUUCUUAUUGGAGAUGCCUGUGUGAGAGCGUGGCAGGGUUUUUUUUAAACAUGGGGUUUUGACAGUUGCUGUCAUAUUUUCAGGAUCAAAGCACCAAAUGCCGGAACAGCGUUCCGGCCCCAAAAGUCAUGCCAGAACGCCAUUCCGGCCCACUUUCACCCCUGCACCGAAGGUGUACUGUUACAAUGAUAGUAGAGCAAAUGAUGUCAUGAGUCGUCAUCGAGAUGAGUGUACAAUAGCGUGGUACAGCUGAUCAUCAAUGUGAUGCAAAUGUGAAGCCCGGUCGGGGGGGGCACGGGUGGCCCGGGGGAACACCCUGGAUCCCUGGGAGGUGACAAUGGCCCCAUUGCUGGGCUGCGGGAGGAGGGAUGGGCUGCGCAGAUAAUGAAGAGCGAUAAAGCCACAGCAAUGAAAGUGCUGAUAUAUCAUUGCAAAGUGAAAACGCGACAACAACAAACAGUAAUAUUGUCAGAGAUAUGCAUAACUGGCAAAACGUCACCACAAAAUUGUGUGUCAACUGAAUGAGUUUCAUGGCAUUGGAGAGGACACUAUUGGUAGGUUUGCUGGUUUGACCGCGUACAUGUAGUUAUUUAUCAAAUUAUGCACACCCUUUAUGCAGAGCUAAAAUCCUCAGUAGUGUAUGCACAGUAUUUGUAUAACUGCAUAUAAAUGCAUAGGCAUGCCAGUUUGGACUGUUUCACCACGUAUUAUCAUGCCACCACACAAACUAUCAUUGCGUGUUCUUCGUAAUAACCAAAUGCCAUAUUUUAUUCAUAGGUACAGUGAAUAAAAGGUGUACAGAUAUCUGUUUUUAAUAUCAAGUAGAAAUGUUCACAUAUAAAUGUUCAAUUUCGGAAAGAAAAACCUACUACAGUACCCCAGCAGCAGUGCGAGAAGGUACGUAAGAGUUAGAAUAGGCAUGAGUGCCAUGUAGUGGGUGGGUUGGGUGUUUUAGAGGAGGGCCAAGGACCCUUAUGACAUCUCCAAACAUGUCAGCAGCACACAUUGUACAACGCAACCCUGCCCUCAGAACCACAGCACGCCUUCAACAAGGGCAAAGCAGGUUUGGCUUGGCCCCGACGCCAGUCCAUUGUGCGUUGACCACUGUUUAAUCUUUUCACUGCUAUUUGUUAUCUGCUACUUUUUGGAUAAGCUUACACCAUGGCCCUCAAGUUCGAAAUCCUCUUGAGUGUCCUGCUCGUCACAUUGACUGCCUUGAGCUCGAGCGGACCUGUCGGGCCUUUACUUGUUGGAGAUGCUCUUGAUAGCACGUUGCUUGACACUCAAGAAUUUCUCAGUCACUUUCUGUCUAAACUGAACCAAACGGGUGGGAGGCAGCCAGAACAAAGGCCCCUGGCCUUCCCGAAGGAGCCAUCAGAGUACAUGCUGGAACUCUUCGAGCGAUUUGCAAACGACCGCACGGCCAUGACCUCGGCCAACAUUGUGCGCAGUUUCAAGAACGAAGAUUCUUCAUCCUACAGUGAGACUGCCAUUGGUGUAAGGACACAUCCAUUGCUCUUCAACAUCUCCGUGCCUAGCCACGAACACAUCACUGUAGCUGAGCUUCGUCUUUUUACCUUGAUCCAGAGGGCCCAAAGACCUUUUGCCGGCCGACAGUGCAAAGUGACCAUUUACAAAGUGAAUGAUGGCGGAGUUUGGACCAGUACAGUCAGUAAAGAGGUGGGAAGGAGGGAUCAAGAUGAGUCCAGUAACCUGGAGGAAGUGGUGACCAAGCACAUCUACGCCAAAGACAAAAGCUGGGUGUCUUUGGACAUGACUCGUGCGGUCGUGCGCUGGCGGAAGUAUGGCCAUUCAACGCUCAAGCUUGAGGUCCGCGUUACCAUCUUGGGGCCGGAGGAGUCGGUCACGUGGGGGGAGAAUGAGGACGUAAUUGACAUCGAGCGUAACGUGGAAGGGAAACACAACGCGGUGAUGAUUGUUUUUUCAGAUGAUCCGAACAAACGUGACAGCGUUCAUGAGAAGGAUCACGCCAAGAACAGCAUCUUUGAAACCCCUGCUCGUAUCCGCCGCGGUGUCAAGAGUGAACCCUGCAAGAGAACUCCGCUCUUUGUGGAUUUUAAAGACAUUGGCUGGGAUUCGUGGAUCAUCCAGCCAGUGGGUUACGAAGCCUACAAGUGCAUUGGAGUCUGCAGUCAGCCGAUGACGUCCGAGGUCUCACCCACCAAACAUGCCAUCGUGCAGACACUACUGAGUGUUAAGAGUCCAGAGAGGGCAUCGCGUGCCUGCUGUGUACCCACUAAGCUGGAGCCAAUUUCGCUCCUUUAUUACGAUAACGGGGUGAUCACCUUCAACCACAAAUAUGAGGGCAUGGUAGUGACAGAGUGUGGCUGCAGAUAGUGACACACACACACAUACUGUACACUUACGCACAGAAAUAGAGACUUUUGCACUGAUGGAUUCUAACGUAUGCUUGUUGUAUCCACAUAUACUGUAGUCACACUAUAACAUCGAUACUACAUUGUGUAAAUUGUAUAAAUACAAAUCUCUGGUUGUUAUAAUUAUUUAAUGUAAUGUAAAUGUCUUGGUAGAGUAUAUAGCUUUGUUUGUUGUAUUUAAUAACCAUAACUUUUAGAAAAAAUGAUUCCCAAUGGCAACGCCAGAGACUAUUAAUUCUGCUGUAACGUACAAUUGCAUACAGUAGCCUACAUAUGUGUGUACAUACCAAUGUUUGUUUUUUUUCCCUCCUUAUGCACUUGCUUAGUUUUUUUGGGCAACAGUUUUCAACCUUUUCGCCGUACAGUGAUCCCUCGCUAUGUUAUGCUUUAAACUUCGCGCCCUCAGUCCAUGGCGGAUUUUUUUUCAAUUAAAAAAUAAAUAAAUAGCCAAUGAGCCGAUCGCGUAGUCUCGCUCUCCCUCCCUCCCUCUCUCUACUCUUUGUUCGUCAGGCAGCGCAUGUGCACUGGAGUUGCUUAUUAAAGUUAACGAUGAUUGACAGACGGUUAAGGUUUGAUCUGGCCAGAGACUCGAACUUCAAAGCAGGCCCGGAUCUAUGUUCACCCACCAGAGUGGGCACUAAGAAAUCUUGAGGGGGCACCCCCAAUGCAGGCUUUUUUUACCCUCUCCAUUUCUCCGGGCUUGGGACCGGCGCAAGUAGGACACUGGUUUGUGUCCCGUUGAGGCUGCAUUAAUUUUUGGUUUUUUGUUGUUGUUGUUUUUUUUUUUUUUGUUUUUUUUUUUCAUUCAUCUAUAUUCUCGCAGUCGGCGUGAUGUCACGAUGACAUCAUCUCGCAUAGCAACGAGUCGCCAUUUUGAGAUGGGGGCACGCACAGGUAAACAUCCGUAGAAAAACGGUGUCUGAAAUUCAUAUAUUUCAGCUGUGUUUUGUCUUUUUUUUCAUAAAAAUGUCUUAAACAUGACAUUAUUAUCACGAGUCACUGCCGACAGAUGCGAGGAGGCGAUACGACUUAAAAUUAGCGUGUAUUGGCCUGCUAAUCUGCCCAUACAAAGUCGCAGCUGAUAGCUGGAUAAACAAUCCAAAGGAAUUGCCUGCAGUGGAGUUCGGAAACAUCUACAACUACCUCAUAAAGUCACCCAGUAAGUUGACCUUUAUUAAUUACAUGGAAUAUGUACUGUGUGGAACUAAGAAAACUGGUAGUAUAUACGGAGUGAUUAUUUCUGCCGUAACCGGUAAUUCGCCUCCAAGCGUUAUUUAGCCGUGAACACGUCACGGCAAAAUAACCAAUUCCCACCAGGCCAAUAAUAUACGGAUUGACCGAUCAGAGCAGUUCACGGCAAAAGAAAAAUAACGCUUUGCGAGUUUUCGGUUACAGUGAUAAUAACCACUGCCUAGUCUAUUGAAUCCUAGCAGCUAAUUGGGGCAACAAAAAAAAAUCGAUUACAGUUUACUCACCGGUAAUAAAAUGUCGGCUGCAAACGUAAAUGUGCCUGGAUUUAGGUUCCCACUGGCGAGAAUGGUCCACGGAACAGUCUUCUUUUACUGUUCCUCGAUUGAUUGCUUUCAGCCAUUUGUUUGUCCUUUUCUUCUCACGAGGAAGAAUGAAGAACUUCAAACGCGGCUCCGAACUCUUUCUUGUGUUACAACUCGCAACACGGCAACUUUUAGUCGUUCCGACGGAAAAAAAGACCGAAAAUGAGAAAAAAGUUCAACGUGUUUGUACUACAAUUCAUGACAGAGCAACUGCUUGUGACCCGUGUUUUGCCCCCAUUUCAAUAUGGUGACGCUUUGUCGUGGCUGGUUAUGUCAUUAAUGCCCGGAUGUCCGACUGCGAGAAUGUGUCUGGAGGAGAGAGAGGAAGUGUGCGGAUAACAAGCGAGGUUGGAAAAACAGCUUGUUUUGGUGUUUGCUUGUUCGGCAUGGUUGCGGCCAACAGUACCGUUAAUCCUGCAACAAAAAAGUACGUGAGACCAACUCUCCAUGCGUUCUCUAUAUCCAGUGCGACGCUACAAUAGAUAUUCCCGACAUUUUGAUUGGGUUGGGCACGACUCAUGUCUGCGUGAGACGUGACCCCCCCCCCCCCCCAAUACAUCCGGCCCCGCUUCAAAGCGCCACAUGGGUCAAUCAUCGUUUAACUUGUUAAACAGUUUCUGUGGCAACUCAUUGUGUGUAAAUGAGCAGCUUGAGCGGAUUUGAGUGGACUCACUCAAUGAAGCAUUUAAUAAAGCCAAGCAUUUUUGUACUUUAUUGUUGUUUAAAAAUAAUUCAGUGGGACAGUAACAUAUUUAAAACUUAUCAUAAUUAUUACAUUUAAAUUGAUUAAAAAUCAUUUAUUAAUAAACUAGUAUCUAUAUGUAUAUAUAAUAAAUGUUUUUUUUUUUAUUACCGGUAUACUACAUAAAAAUAUUAAAUAUCUAUAUAAAAAAGUGUACGUAUGUAUUUAUCUAUCUCUUUCCAAUGUUAUAUCUGAAUAAAUACAUUGAACACACACACACACACACACACAAAACAGUUUUUCACUUAUCGCGGUGGGUUCUGGUCCCCGUUAACCGCGAAAAACGAGGGAUUACUGUAUUAUCAAAGUUAUUUUGUGUUUUUCCUUCUCUGGAAUGGAACAGGGGUCUUAAUCAAGGCUGAGCGAACUAUAAACAGUUACAAAAAAGUGUUAGAAAAGCAAAAAGAAAAAGGCCUACUUGAACAACAUUUUUAUUUGUUAAACAGAGGCACUUUAUAUGGCGUUGUGGUGAUUGGUUAUUUCUAAUCCUUCCAGUAAUAGUAUAAAAUUUACAGAUAAUUAAGGUUUGGUAGCUUUCAUGUCAAAGGGCAAAAUUUAGAAUUUAGUUUCAUUAUUGGAUUCUCAUUACUGUGC